AUGUGGAUCGGUGUGUUCCCGAGAGCUUUUGAUCGCGUAACGCAAGGGUUACGCGACGAUCUCGAGCAUGAGCGGAAUAGGCGUCUCCAGAUGGUGGACACUGCCUCGAAGCAUCGAGCUGAGUUUGCCUUUGCUCAGCUUGAGAACGAGAGAUCUCUGACAUCUCUUCGUGACGAGCUAAGGGUAGCUCGUGGGAUUGUUGAUCGGUCUCGGGCUGAGAUAACUGCUCUUCAGACCCUUGUUGAUGCCCACCAUCGGGAGCACAAGGCUCUCUGCGAGAUGCUUGAGCGCAAGGGCGUUCUUCAUCGGAAGAAGCAGCGUACUGAUGGUACGGCUUAA